CCCUGAAGGCAGUUCGUUUGCAGCACCAGGGCCUUGUGGCUCCAGCUCAUGUGCAGCUUCAGGUCCAGCUCAUGGAUGGUGCCAGCUGGUUUGUGGGUCUGUUUGGUUGCAGCUGCAGCUCAUGGGCAACUCUGGCUGGAGCUCGUUUGCACCUUCAGGCCCAGCUGGUUCCUGCUUCCAGUGUGUUUUGGGCUCCUGUCAGUUACAGAACCAGUCCAGUGUCAUGUCUCCCAGCUCCUCUCCAGUCCCAGCUGGUUUCAGGAGCUCCCACCAGACCCUCCUGCCUGCACCCCCUGCUCAGCUGCAGCUCCAGGCCCGUGUGGCCGCAGGGUCCUGCCCCUGAAGGCUCCAGUUUGUUUGCAGCACCAGGGCCUUGUGGCUCCAGCUCAUGUGCAGCUUCAGGUCCAGCUCAUGGAUGGUGCCAGCUGGUUUGUGGGUCUGUUUGGUUGCAGCUGCAGCUCAUGGGCAGCUCUGGCUGGAGCUCGUUUGCACCUUCAGGUCCAGUUGGUUCCUGCUUCCAGUGUGUUUUGGACCCCAGUUGGUUUCAGAACCAGUCCAGAGUCAUCUCCUCCAGCUUAGCUGCAUCUCCAUUGCCAGUUGGGUUCCAGCUCCUCUCCAUUGCCAAUUGGGUUCCAGCUCAUCUCCAUUGCCAGUUGGUUCCAGCUCAUUUCCAUGGCUAAUUGGGUUCCAGCUCCUUGUGGUUCCAGCCCCUCUCAGCUGGUGCUUGUUCCAACCCUCUUGGCUUCAGCCCAAGUUGUCCAUCACUCACUGUCACCAAGCACACAUGAACAUCAAGUGUCAUCCCUGGUCCCAACCCUGAAGGGGCUUGUACCUUGAAUAAACAG